GCGGCUGCCGGGGCGCCUCAGUAGAGCUCUACACGGAGCCGCCGGCAGCAGCCUCGGUGCGGCUCCGGCCAAUGGGGCAGCGCGGAGCCACCGCGGCCGCUGAGCUCAGUUCCGUCGCGGCGGCAAACGGGAGGGGGGGUUCACCCUCACCCCCACCGGGGGGCUGCAAGUUGAGUGAACAAGACUAAGAAAAUGGAAUAUAACAUGCAUGCAGUUGCUUGAGCACCAUCUGUUCCAAAGGGUGUAUUCUGUAGACUGGUGGCCUGAAUGACUGAUUGAUGAGCAGCAGACAGAUAACUGCAAAAAGGAGAAAAUUCUGUCUGUUCCUGCAGUGUUUGACAAAACUGAUGCCAAGUCACCUCCUCUGAAAUGCAGUUGAAAAAAAUGAGGGAAAUUUUACCACGAUUAUACCCUGGCCAAGUUAAUGAUAAAAAUACUUCCUUAACCACAUCUCCGAAGCAGUCUUCUGAGGAUAAAACAAAUCCAUCAAAAGGGGACGAUGACCAAAACUUCUGUUACCAAGGGACUGAAGCUGAGAAUAAUAAAUUGUCACUGAUAAGCUGUAUAAAAUGCAGAAGUGUUCAGAAAAUAUCAGUGCAAGAUGUUGAAAAGCAUAAGAAGCUUGGGUGGACUGAAGACAAAAGUUUCAUCUGCAAGAAGUGCAGUCAUAUUACACCACCAGCUUUCCAUUUUGUUCCUGAGGGUGCCAAUGCUAUAGACAUUGAAAAACAUGAAAAAAGACCCCCACCUAGAGCACAGAAAAGAUUUAAAGUUAAAAACUUCCUGCCAGGUAAAUACUACUGUGAUAAAUGUCGAUUUUCAACAAAGGAUCCAUUGCAGUAUAAAAAGCAUGUAGGUCAACAUGAAGAAAUUAAAUUUAUUUGUUCCCACUGUAGUUACAUAUCCUACACCAAAGGAGAAUUCCAGAGACAUUUGGUGAAGCACACGGGGACUUUUCCAUAUCAGUGUGAAUACUGUGAGUAUGGUGCUGUAAGACAUGACUAUAUAGUAAAGCAUACAAGAAGAGUACAUGAAACACCCACAAAACGGCUGUCAAAUACUAUCAUAAACCACAAACAAAAGAAGCUGACUCAAAGCACUUUAUCUGAAAAGCAGAAAUCUGGUAAAAUUCUUUUUCAGAAUGAACUUUUAAGUUCGCCUUCAAACAUGGUUUGUGAGAUUCCAGGCAAAGCAACUAAAAGAGUCUGUUCAUCUCCUGGUGUAGAAUGUAGCAUAAACACAGCAGCAGUCCAGGAUAAAACAGUAUUGGACCCACCUGAAAUCAGUGAAUGUGAGAAUCAAAGUGUGGAAGUUGAGGUUUAUUCUCCAAAAAUGGAGCCUUUACAACCUGGGAUGCCUUUAACAGUUAUUGCACCAUCUGAACUUGUAGUCCCUUCCAACUGUUUAGCUCAGAUAGUAGAGAUUAAAAUAGUGAAUGGAGCACAACAGCUGGUUCUGAAACUAAUUCCUAUGAAAGAAGGAACUUACAAACCUGUGAACAGUGCUGAGGAGUUCCUUGAGAAUCAAGUUAUAGAACCAUUGGCAGAAGGAAGAAAACCAUCCUCUGUAUCUCGAAAUGAGUUGCUAACCAUGGAAGUGAAUGUAGACAAGUUAUCCAGUGUUAGUAACCACCUUAAUUUGGACAGUACAUCUGGGAAGAGCUCUGAAUGUCGUUUUUCUGAUUCUCACCCCUCAGACUGUAACUCUCUACCUACACAGAGGGAAGAUGCAUCAAAAUUCUGCUUUCAUUUGGUGAAAGGUAUUGAUGUCCAUUCAGGUGUUAUAGAGCUUUGCUCUCCAUCUCUGGUGAUGAACAGUACUGAAAAAAGAAGUGAUCUUAGAUCCUCCAGGUGGGAAGUAGAUGGAAAAAAGAACUGUGACUUGUAUUGUUGUGAAGAAGGGGUGGAUGUACACCCUGUGAAAUAUGCUGCUAAUUCUGAAUCUAAAAGUUCCAAGAACAUUUCAGUAGAGGCUGCUCAGGAGGGCAAAAAUUAUCCUUCUGCAGUCCUUAAACAAAAGGAUACGUUGCCUCUAAAGAGGAAUGACAAAGAAUGUAGGAGUCUGCCAGUCAGCUCUACAGGCUUGCGUUUAGCUGGGAAAGGUUUUGAUAAAGAAUCUGUUGUAUCUUCUGAAGCAGGAAAAAAAAAUCAUGGCACUAAAGCUCCAUCUUGCAAGGACAAGACUUUUGGCUUUAGCAAAGUAAAGAGAGCUGAAACCCUGAGUCGAAAGAACAGUCUGCUUCUGGAAUCAUUAGAAUUACAGAAAAUGGAGAAUAAAGGCAAGCCUCUUGAGGGACCUGUUAUUUCAUCUGUGUUUUCUCUUAGCUCUGGGGCUGAAAAUGUCCCGGAGGGUGUCAGGUGGCAUAACAAAACAUGCAAUAAGAAGUCGGCAACGUUGCUGUGUAGAAAGAUUGCUCAGCUAAUGUCUGCUGCAGAAUCUAACAUGAAAUCCAUGCCUUUGAGGUGUGAAGGUUCCAGUAAAAAGGCACUUUUCCCUCAAGAAAGUUCAGCAAGCUGUGAGAGGGGUUUUCCAGCCACCCAAGGGGCACACUCAGUUUCUUUGCCUCAGGUGCAUGGUGCAAACAGUGUGAUUAGUAGUGAAGAACAGAGUAAAGAACAGCUGCUUACUUUUGCAAGAACAUCUAAAAGCAGGGUAACUAAAAACUCCCAUGUUGCUACUCCAGUGUUUAUACCCAAAGGGACAAUGCUGAGAGUGCUGAACGCUACUACCAGCCAAAACUCAAAGGGAAUAGAAAGCAGGAGUGAAACAUCAGCUUCUUCUGGGUGCUGCAAUGAAAUGUUUUUGCCUCGCCCUGUUCCUGUCUCUGUUUCUGAGCCACCCAGCAGUAAUUUGCCAUUUUUGCUCCAUCAGAGUGAACCCAGUGCUGAGGCCCGGGGUAAAUCACUGAGGCAAAGACCAAAGCGAGAGGCGAGUGUUAAAAAUAAUAGCAAACCAUCUGGUGUGCCAUUUCAGAAAAGCAAUGAUGUGAGUAAGCAGAGCAAACCCUACCCUAAAGGUCAUCCCAAAAAUAAGGCAAAACAAACAACCUUCAGGGAGCUUCCUAAGAGGAAAGCAAGAACUCAGUCAGAAACCAGCUCAGGUUCUGACAUGUCCUAUCUGUUGACAGCAAGACGCCUCCGGCUCGUCCCUCUGAGAAUGAAUCAGUUGAUCAAAUGCCCUCGUCGUAACCAGCCAGUUGUGGUCCUAAACCAUCCUGAUGUGGAUUCUCCAGAGAUAAUUAAUGUCAUGAAGACCAUCAACAAGUACAAAGGUCAAGUGCUGAAAGUAGUUCUCUCAGAAAGGACAAGCAGUUUUCUUGGUGUCAAACGCCACCGAAAGCGUCUUACUCUGCAGAAUGCUGAGACAGGAAGCCAAGCAAAAAAGCAGAAUAUGCUAAAAAUGAAACUAAAGAAGACCCAUAAAAACAACUACCAAGUGGUGGAAACUUCACCAGCUGAAACAGCUCAGUGUAUGUUUAAGUGUUGGUUUUGUGGAAGAGUGUAUAUGGACCAAGAGGAAUGGAUAAGUCAUGGGCAGAGGCACUUGAUAGAAGCAACCAAGGGUUGGGAUGUUCUUUCUCUGCCAUCAAAAAAGCAUUAAUGGAGAGACAUGGGAGGGGGUUUCCCUUCCUCCUUUUAAUGAGUGCCACUAACUUGCUUGGAAAGUAAGAUUGAAAUAACUUGUUUUAUUUUGCCAAAAGGUCUCUGCUAUUAGCAAAGUGGGAGAGGAGAGCAGAGACACAGAGAAGCUGAUAGUGAGGAUUAAGCACUACUUUGCACUCUUGUGUUUGAAAUUUGUAUUGGAGGUCAACUUCAUCUCUUCCAUAUGAGCAAUUUGAAAAAGAUUGGCUAUGCAAGCAUCUUUCUAGUUGCCAUUCUCUGUGCUAGGACACUGUGCUGUGACUGGUUUGUGCUAGGCCUGUGUGGAUUAAAAUGGAAGAUAAUGAGAUCUUUGUAAAUUUGAUGGGGUUUAGUUUGUUUUAUUGCAGCACUGUGUUUCAAAUGUGUAUUGAGAAGCACCUCUGAUCCUCUGUUGGCAGAAAGUGUAUAGUGUAGAUUUUAGUGUUAAAUUAAGCACCAGGCAUGAAGAGUAAAACUUGAAUGCAAGAACUCUGUCUUAGUGAAACAAAACCACUUCUGCUGACUUCAGAGGAGACAGAAUAAUAGAAUUUUCACGGUGGGAAGGGACCUUUAAGAUCAUCUAAUUCCAGCCCACCUCCCUUGGGCAGGAACACCUCCCAUCAGGUUGAUCAGAAGGGUGUAUGUGAAGAGUCUGUGGGAUCAGAGUUAUUCCCACAAGGUCAGAUAGCACUAAAAAUUUUAAUUUUAUUUAGUACUUAGUCUUUACCUAGCCUGUAUUGUGUAGGUGUGAGAGAGAGCAGAACCCUGUCAGCUUUCUGUACCAUCUUUGUUCUGGACAGGCAGAGCUGGAGAAAGCAUCAGGCCUGGAACAAAAGGAGAGAGCAGCUUUUUUCUCUGUCAUCUCAAGGCUGUUCUGAAAUCUAAGGACGUAAUAACCAAACAUAAAGCCUUUACUACCAUGUGUGUGUAUGUGUGUGUGUGUGUGUGUAACCUCCUAGAAACAAAUCUGCAGAGUUGGGCAUUUGGUUAGAACCCAGGUUGGUGAGUUAAUGCUUAUUUGCAGGGGGAACUUAGUGAGGAUGAAGACUUUUCCAAACACAGAACCACGUUGCCCAGCUUUUAUGUUGACAGUGUUGAAGCAGAUUGCCAGUGCAAUCUUUCAUCCUUCUCUAAGAAUCUGUAUGUUGUUAGAAUAUAUAUAUAUUUUUUUGUAGCCCUCAAACUCCUACAAGCCUGUGCCUGGUUGUACAUGUAUGUCUGAUGUGUAUCUGCUGACUUCAGUGCAGUGAGCACUGCUCAGUUACUUGAACACUUUUCUAAAUUAGGGCCAAAUUUCAAGCUUUUAGGGAUGAAGAGGGAUGGAUGAUGCUGAAGUCUGAUGUUUGUGUAUGUGAACAAUUGGUGUUUUUUCUCAUCUUGUCAAUCUCAUUUUAAAAUCAUAUGGAACUAACUACAGUGAAGCACAUAGUUACAGUUCAAGUCACUUAUGUUUUUACAGGUAAGAAAAUCAAUGCUGACUCAAAUGCUGGAUGUGUGUUCUAUGUCUGAACUGGAGCUGCUCCUGAAAAGCUGGUAGUUCCUAACUCUUUUCACUGUUGGUGCAUUUUUUAAAACAGUUUAAGCUGGGAAUAUUUUUUUACAAACUCCAGCAGACUAUACAUGGUUUUGAUAAUGUAUCUGUAUGGAAAUGUAAAUAUUUUAAAAGUACAUCUGACUGAGGCUUAUUUUCAAAACCAGUUUAAAACAUUGCUUUCCAGUCAUUUUUGCAAUACAGUGUUACAAACCUUCAGAUAGUUGGUGCUUUAAGUCAGAUCUUUUUCAUUAUGUACACAUGGAAAAUUUUUGUAUCAUUUGUAUCAGACUAACCUGUUCCACAGAACAAACUUCCUUUUGACCGUUUUGUCAAUAAUAAUGAAACUGCAGUUCUCAUUUUGUAUUCAAAUGGAAUUAUAUUUUUUUAGGUGGGUACACUAGAGGGUUUUUUCACUUCAUAUACUUUGAUGCCAAGCCUAACAGUACUGUUUGCAUUUUCAAUGGUGAAAAUAGCUUCCAUUUUAAAAUUCUGGCAUUUCAACAUAUAAUAAAUAUUAAAGUCAUUAAGAAAAAACAUGGAUAAAACUUUUCCUUUGGUUUAGCUCCUUCGGUCCAGCUUCCUGUAAGUUUGAUUUCAUUUUGUUUCUGUAGAAGCUACUAAAUAAAUAGUUUUGAAUUUGCUUCAUAUGAGUCGUGGCUGGCAAAAUUAGAACAUUCCUCAUGAAAGCUGUACUGGAGGAGCAGGGAAAUGUUGCUGCUCAGCAUUUAUAACUUUAGGUGGUUUAAGAGUAUUAGUAAUGCUUGUCUGUUGCAAGUUAUGCAAGUUAAAUGUUUUAGCAAACAUCUGCAAAGCUGUGUAUGUUACUGCCAUAAUCUGCUGUCUAACUUGUUAAGCUGUGUUUUUCCCCAUGGGUUUAGUUUAGAUUUUUGGUUUUUUAUUAUUAUUUUAACGUGAAAACCUUUUCUAAGUUAAAUUUUAUGGUGGCUAUGAAUCUCUUGAAGCACAUUGUCAUGCCACUUUUUGAUGAGCUCUGCCAAGCUACUUAGCAGCUUCUGUUUUAACUUUAGUUCUUAUUAUAUUGAUCAAGUCAUGUCAGAAUAAUUGCCUUCAAGUUUUAACAGUCCCAGUGAUUUUAGAGAAAUAAUUGCAAUGAAUGUUCUCUUUUAGAUUUUGAUCAAGUGUUGAGAAAUAAAAAGGUAGCAGCAAGGCAAUGACCAGCUGCUAAAUUUUUUCAGACCUAGUUUGUUCCCUACAUACUCUACCAUAAAUUCAACUGGGAUGCCAUGUUUUGGGUUUGAAUGUUUUCAUUCUUCUUGUUCCUGUUCUGUAAGGAUAGAGUAACUGUGGUUGCUUUUUUGGUGUUUUCCAAUUACCUACUCAAACUUCUGAGUGUGCUUAGAAUGCAAGGUUAUGGAUGCUUUGCAGAAAAAUACUGAAGUUUGUCUUUCAUAUUUAUAAUUAAUUUACUUAAGCCUUCCAAAACUCAAAUUAUAUGAAUAAAUAUUAUCGUAUUUUUUGCUGGAAAAAA